UCCCUGCAGAUGAGUAAUGCCACGCGUGCCUUGCCCUCUCCCACGGUGUUUGGCACACCAGGGCCCAGCACAGUGGCCAGGCUGGCCUCAGCCUCCCCAUCCCCGGCCCUUGCCCUGCUCAUGGCUGCCCACAAUGACUCCCAGCACAGCCAGCAGCUUUUCCUGACCACGACGGCAGCAGAGGUCAUCUCUGGCAUCUUUGUAUGGUCGGCACUCAUCAUCACUUUCCACCAGAUCUACACCCACCUGAGGAAUUACACCAUCGCCAAGGAGCAGCGUUACAUCAUCCGCAUCCUCUUCAUCGUGCCCGUCUACGCCUUCGACUCCUGGCUCAGCCUCCUCCUCCUGGGCAGCCACCAGUACUACGUCUACUUCGACUCGGUGCGUGACUGCUACGAAGCUUUCGUCAUUUACAGCUUCCUGAGCCUGUGCUUCGAGUACCUGGGAGGAGAGAGCACCAUCAUGACAGAGAUCCGAGGGAAGCCCAUUGCGUCCAGCUGUUUCUACGGGACCUGCUGCCUUCAGGGCAUGUCCUACUCCAUCGGGUUCCUGCGCUUCUGCAAGCAGGCCACACUACAGUUCUGCAUCGUGAAACCCCUCAUGGCAAUCAUCACCAUCAUCCUGCAGGCAUUUGGGAAGUACCACGAUGGGGACUUCAAUGUCCACAGUGGUUACCUCUACAUCACCAUCAUCUACAACUUCUCUGUCAGCCUGGCGCUUUAUGCCCUCUUCCUCUUCUACUUUGCCACCAUGGACCUGCUGCGCCCGUUUAAGCCGGUCCUCAAGUUCAUCACCAUCAAGGCAGUCAUCUUCCUCUCCUUCUGGCAAGGGACAUUGUUGGCCAUCCUGGAGAAAUGCGGGGUGAUCCCUGAAGUUCAGAUCAUCGAUGGGAAGGAGGUGGGAGCUGGGACAGUGGCUGCUGGCUACCAGAACUUCAUUAUCUGCAUUGAGAUGUUCUUUGCUUCCAUUGCCCUACGCUAUGCAUUCCCCUGCCAGGUGUACAGAGAGAAGAAAGAAAACUCAACAGCAAACAUUGCCCCAAUGCAGAGCAUCUCAAGCGGGCUGAAGGAGACCAUAAGCCCCCAGGACAUCGUGCAGGAUGCGAUCCACAACUUCUCACCCGCGUACCAGCAGUACACCCAGCAGGCAAUGCAGGAGGCAGAGCACAAAGCGCCGGGGGAGAACGGGCACGUGGCCCCCAGGAUGGAGGCACUGAGCAGCAGGAAGAGCAAAAACAUUGAGAAGAGAGUGCUGAUCCUAUCAGAUGAGGAUCUGUAG